UUAAAAGGAUCGGAAAUUAGAUAUUGUAGCAUGUACUGUCCACUUAGUAGUGGGUACCCGAAGAAGGUUUUAUAAUAUCGAGAAACGGACAAAGAGCCUUUUCAUGUCGCGCUUUAUGGUCAGUUGACACUGUACGAGGAGUUUGAUUUUGAAAAGAAGGAACAAACUCAUUUAUUAAUGUAUUCGAACUUUCCAGCUUUACUCUUCUUUUGUCUUUCCAUUUUCCUGGAAGUUGUAAGCAAAGGAAAAAUGGAACAAGCUAAGGAAGAACUGGAAAUUUUGGAAACUCAGCAUCCAAACAAGUUUGAAUAUCUCAAGUUGGAACUAAGAUCCUUCAUCUCUCUUCUUGAAUCUCACUACUCUGAAUCUGUUCCUUCUUCUUCCUAUGUUGCUACUCAAGAGUCAUCAAGCAACAGGAAGAGGAAAAAUGGAAGCUUUGGUAGUCCAGAAGAACCUAAGAAGAAACUGCAAAGGGUAGUGCAGGAAUCUGUGGGUUGUACCAAGAGGAGUAGGAUUGAUGUUGUCAUGGAGAGGGCUCAGGCAUGUCUUCAGAAAAUUCAACAAUUCAAAACCAGUAACUAGUAAUUACAGUGUAUCUUCUCUAUGGUUUCAAAUAAGAGGGACAUGGAAGAAGUGCUAAACUCCAAAAUGGAUUCAUAAUUCCGUGUGGAUUCAGAUCAAAAGAAUUCUUUUGCAAUACCUUAACUUUGAAGGUAGAGGCACAGGAUAUAGAUCAUUUGCAUAAAGUAACCAGUGUCGAAUCCAAGAUCUA